AUGCACAUCAACCUUAAAGAACUUCAACGCACGAGAGGCUUCCAUCCAGUCAUGUCGAACGUCGAAGAGCAUGCAUCUGAUAAUGAGAGUGACUACGGGUCUCAACCAGGCGCCGUAUAUCUCGGUAUUGUGGAUACUUCGAUCAAAGAGUCCGACGAGGUGACAAUUGAAGAUACGUUCAUCGGCGGAGAGCCGGUGUGGUUAGCCGAGGACUCUGUGCCUAAGGAAGAACUGCUUCGGUGUGGUGCCUGUAAGUCCGGAAAGAACCUUAAGUUGCUGCUGCAGGCAUUUGCACCUUUAGACCCCGAGCAGACAACAACGAUAUGCCAGCGGAAGGGAAUCAAGCUCAGCACAACGGAAUGUAUAAACGCAGAUGACGACAGAGUGAUCUAUGUAUUUUACUGCACGGCGUGCCCACGGAAGGGGAACUCUGUAAUUUCGAUCAGAGGUGUUAGAAGAAAGGAUGCUCCUAAUGACCUAAGCGCAAAGAUGGACAUUGCUUCGCCCGGGAGAGAUUUUCAGCUAAAUCCUUUCGGGGUGGGUUCAGAACAUGGGACAGGGUCUAAGAAUUCUUCUGCUAAUCCUUUUAGUAUAUCUGCUGCAGGUGGGAAUCCCUUUGCUUCGGAAGCCGCUAACCCGUUUUCCGCCGUCGAUGCUACCUCGCGAGACGACAGCAACAAACGGGAGCUAAAGCCUAGUACGCUACGAAAAUUACAUGAAGCCCAGCCAGACAAGGUCUUUGAGGCUAGCAAAGCUUUCCCCGGAUUUUUCCUUUUUGUAGAGGAGGAGUCCUUUAAGAACAGAACUCCAGACCACCUUCAGUUGCCUAAGAAUCUAAAAAUUGAUAAAACAGCAUUUGAAGUUGCGCCCGAAACUGAUGAAUUGGAGUCUAAUCCGGUGAAGUUAGAUCCGCGCACCGAAAAGUUGGCGAAGUUCUUGGAUGACGAUGUGUUCCAAAAAUUCCAGGAGAUAGUGGGUUACAAUCCCUACCAAGUCCUACGCUACGAUUAUGGCGGUAAACCUUUAUAUUAUGCGCAAGCACCUAACAAUUUCGAAGACCUAGUCCCACGUCCAUCAUACAACCCUUCGUCGGCUCGCAUCUUUGAGUUGCAACUAAUGCCAAAGAUGAUAUUGGACUUGGAAGAAGAAGUUUCUAUUGAAAGUGGCAUGGAUUGGGGUACUAUUAUGGUUUUCACAGAUAUUGAAAACUACAUUCCAGACUUCGAUGAAAACGGGGUUGGAUAUGUGAGCGAGUGUGUUAGGGUGCAGUGGGAGCCAAGGUCCUAG